CAGCCUCUCCAGUAGCAGGUGAUGGUCAACAGUAUCAAAGGCUGCAGUCAAGUCCAGCAGGACCAGAACAGAACAGUCCCCUGCAUAGGGCUGGGCGAUAUGGUCCAAAACGUAUAUCUCAAUAUCUUCUUGCUGAAUUCUGAUAUGCAAGAUGUAUCUCGAUAUUUUUUCUCUUGUAAAAUAUUUACAAGUUAACUCACUUCAAGCUGUCUUGAGAAAUUAUUAACAUAAAUGAGUAGAUUAAAUGCAUAAAAAUGUAUUCAUUCUUGUCAAACUUUAACCUGGUACAGCUCUCUGUUAACACACACACACACAGUUGAGAGCUAGAGGUGUAUCAAAUGUCCCACAGGCACUUUUAAAUUAUAUAUUUAUAAUUAAUGUAAAAUUAUUUGAAUUUCAUCUAGAGGUGGGCCAUAUUGUAUAUUUCUUGUCCAUAGAAAUACAAAUCUAUCAUGUUAAGCUAAAUUUAUGAUGAUGUAAUUAGAUCUACUGAAGAUAUGAUGGGUCAUGCACCAUGGAGUUAUUAGGGCACACAUGGCUCAUAUCAGUGAUUAUACUGUAAUGACUCAGACUCUCUGGUUGCUCUUUUAUUAGUAUUAUUUUCGAGCUACUGUCGCCGUCACCCAUGCCCUACAAACUCUUAACUUUUUCAACAGAAUCUCUCGUAACGGAGUAUUUACUAGCAUAGCUAACCAGAGUGGAAAAAAAACUGUACAGGAACAUUUCUCACCUGUUGAGCUCACCUUCAAAAUAAAACGUUAACCCUAUAGUUUACUAUUCUAACCCUUACAAUAUGUUUGAGGUAAUUUGGUCACUCCGGCUAUCCGUAGAUGUUUCCUGAUUACACAGAGGAGGGAGGGGUUUGACUCGUCUCUCCGCACAAGCAGGAUGGAUAAACACAACUCUGUUGGCGUUGAACGUCCCCAAAUAAUUAAAAACCAGAACGCCAAAUGCAAUGUUUAGAGCAGCACAUUUAUCCAGAGGCUCUCAGAUUGUGCAAACUUGUGAGAAUACACGUAUUAACCGCUUAGAAGACGGAGCAACAUGUCGCUAGCAUAGCGGCUAAUCUCUAGCAGUUUGAUCAAUUAUAUCGAUAUAAAGAUACAAAGUCAUAUUGUAUCUUGUUUAAAAAUUAUAUAGAUAUUUUAAAAAUACCGAUAUAUCGCCCAGCCCUACCCCUGCAUCACUGAGAGUCAGAAGGUCAUUAGAGACCCUAAUGAUCCUAAUGACCUUCUGACACUGAACGCUGAUAAUAAUGGCUGUAACAGCUCCACGAAAAUAAAAACGAUUAGACAAUAGCACUGGUCCAUGGUACGGUUUGAUUUGCUGAGCUCCAGCACCCCCUCUCCCAACCCCGCUAGCUGCUAACAACACCGUAACACUUUUAUAACCAAUAAAACCCUGGAUGUGUACUCUCCAAGCAAAUACUUUUCAGAUUGUCACCUAUACUGCUUUUCCUCCCAGCCGCGGACAUUUUCUCCCUUUAGACAGAACUUAUACCGGCAUAAACAUCUUAUGAUGUCUGGUUAGCUUUAACUUGUUCAACCAGCAGCUGGCUGUGGACUCUGAUAGGGAAUUUUCUUGUCAAGUCCCGCCUUUGCCAUUUGCUGAUUGCAUUUUUGUUUCUGUCAAUUUUUGUUGUUGUUUCUUGUUCGUUAACAAAAAUGCCAGUCAAUAUUCUUCAUAAUUUAGUCUUAUAUGGCAUGUUUGUUUUUGUUUCGUUUUAGUUCGUGAAAAUUCAUUUGUCACCAAAAACAUAUAGUUAGUCAACAAAAUUAACACUGGUUUAGAUGCACAUGUUUUCUGUUAUUUGCUUUGUAAAAUGCAAAAAAGUUGAAAUCAUGUUACUGUAUUUGUGUGUGAUGUGGUUUUUCAUGUGAACUCUUUCAGUUAGAAACUUUUAUGACUUUUCUCCUCAUAUCAUAAAUGUUUUACCAGACAAGAGAUUAAUAAUCCUACUCUACACUCUUCACACAGUGUUUACUCAUACACAGAAAUACUAUUUGGGUUUACUGCCUUAUGCAUGACCACUGUCUACAACCAUCUCACAACAACACAAGUUUUAGUUCAGCAGAGUUGUCCUUGGUGCAUCUUCUCUGGUUGUCUUUGCCGCCCUGAAUGGAAGCUUUGCUGUUUCGUUUCAGCAAAUCAGUUGCUUUCAUUGCCUUCAAUAGCUGUGCCUCUUUCUGAACCAAGCUGCUUGUGAUGAAGCUCAAGAGCACUUUGAGUGUGAAUGUGACGAGCAGCAACACAGUAUCAGCACAGAAGGUCGCAGUGAAAAGAGCUCACUGAAUUCGAUAGGCUGAUGGGGAUGAACAGGAGCAUGUAGGUUUGGAGAAAGCAGCUGCUCAAAUCCUGUUUUGGGAUGUUUUUGUUUAUCACUGUGGUGUUGUGGGGGAUUGUUGUUAGGAAAUUAUGUAAUGAAGCCAAGCAGAAAUCCCAGUGGGCACAAUUAAUAACAAACACUAAUCUGCCCACACAUCCACUUAUCACAAAGGUUAUCACAACAUCAGCACAUGAUGAUUAUGAUGAUGAUGAUGAUGAUGAUGAUGAUGAUGAUGAUGAAGAUGCUAAUGGUGAUGAUGAAAGUGAUGAUAAAGAUGAUGAUGAUGAUGAUGAUGAUUAUGAUGAUGAUGAUGGUGAUGAUGAUGACGAUGACAACGAUGACGACGACAAUGAAGGUGAUGGCGAUGAUGAUGAUGAUGAUGAUGAUGAUGAUGAUGAUGACAUUGAAGGUGAUGGUGAUGAUAAUGAUGAUGGUGACGAUGAGGGUGAUGGUGGUGAUGGUGAUGAUGACGAUGACAACGAUGACAACGACAAUGAAGGUGAUGAUGAUGAUAAUGUUGAUGUUGAUGGUGAGAUGAGGGUGAUGGUGAUGGUGAUGAUGAUAAUGACAAUGAAGAUGGUGAUGAUGAAGGUGAUGGUGAUGAUGAUGAUGAUGACGAUGAUGUUGGUGAUGAUGAAGGUGAUGGUGAUGAUGAUGAUGACGAUGAUGAUGGUGAUGAUGAAGGUGAUGAUGAUGAAGAUGAAGAUUAUUCAGUAUUUCAGGGGAAAAAAUGAUUGCUACUGUUGAUUGUGAUUUUAAUUCUUGGGUUGUCUCUACAGGCUAUUUAUUUAUAAAUAACUGAACUCACAUACCCUGACUGUGUGUGUGCGUGUGUGUGCGUGCGUGCGUGCGUGCGUGCAUGUGUGUGUGUGUGUGUGUGUGUGUGUGUGUGUGUGUGUGUGUGUGUGUGUGUGUGUGUGUUCUAAGAUCUGUAACUGCGAGAGACAACCCGGAGUGCGUAUGAGUUUGCCGACAAGGUGCUGCUCUCCCAUGCUGUCAGAUCUGCUCAGACCCUUCCAAACCAAGUGUGGUGAUGUUCCAUUAGGCUUUUCUUUUGACAGCAGCAUGAUGUGAAAUAGACUCACAGCCCAGCUUCACUCUGUGGCUUCACGGUGUCUUCCUCACUUUUCAACACAUUUUCCUAACAUUGAGUCUGUGUUUUUCAAUUUUGGAAAGAUACCAGAACCCUGGUUAAGAAAAGACAUGAAAAUAAGGUCAUUUUGGAUUGAUUAGGUUAGUGUAUGAUGAAAAUAAUCUAUGUGUGAAAUAUCAACAUGUUGUCAUGAUUGCUCCCAAUUCAAAGUUAAUGUGAGCUAGAUUAGUUCUCUUAAUACAUAUCAUUACAUUUGACCAAAGGUCCAUAACUAGCAGGGCUGUGCCAUUGGUAAGUAGCUGGAAAUGCAAUUUAAUUGGAAAACAAUGUAUUAUUUUUAUAAUUGUAAUAUGGUACAUUGCCUUCAUCAAAACUACAAAGACAUGUAUACAUUUUUGCAAUUUGCGUUAGUUUGGCUGCAUAAUUUAGUUUCAAGAUGUUUGAAUUUAUUUUUAAUCUCAGUUUCUUUUAGGUCUAUGGCCAACAAAAAGUGUAAAAGGGUACCAAACCUCCAAAUAUCUUCUUACACUUUCUGGACCUGAAAAAUAAUUGAAAAGGUGAAGCACAAAUAAAUCAAUGCACCAAUCACCAAAUAGUAUCACCAGAAUGAAUAAUUAUUGUUUUUGUAAAGCUAAGGACGGUUUCUAACAAAAACAAUUGUUUUGUAAAGCAGCAGGUUUUCUCUGAAAGCAGACGUUAACCCUGACCCUAGUUUCAUCAACACACAUGUUCCUGGUGUGGCUAACCCAGAAAGACUUUCUACAGGUUAUUCUGGGGGCUACCUUGCUGUUGACUGACAGGAGAUGUACACAAACAGCACAUGAGAACGCUUUCUUGACAAAAAUAAAAUUCAGAUUUAAUGUUGGAAAACUGUUCAAAGCUGUUUUGUGCAUUCCUAAAAAAUUCCAGAAAAUUUUUCCCUUUUUUUAUUUUAGUCAUGCAACAAAAAUCACAUCCAACAAAGGGUUCCAGACUUCUGCUCUGACUCUUUUUUUUUUCAACCAUGAGAGCACACAAUGGAAUGUAUGCUGAACAAAAAUAUAAAUGCAAUACUUUUGUUUUUGCUCCUAUUUUUCAUGAGCUGAACUCAAACAUCUGAAAAUGUGUCUACAUACACAAAAGACCUACAACUCUCAAAUAUUGCUCUGAAAUCUGUCUGCAUGUGUGU